AGUCUCGUGGUCUUGCCCCUCUCCUGUUCCACCCCAGCCAAGAUGCCACAGUACCAGACCUGGGAGGAGUUCAGCUGUGCGGCUGAGAAGCUCAAUCUCGCCAACCCCAUGAAGGCACGUGUGGUUCUCAAAUACAGGCAUUUGGAUGGGAGUUUGUGUAUGAAAGUAACAGAUGAUUUAGUUUGUUUGAUGUGUAGAACAGACCAAGCUCAAGAUGUUAAGAAGAUUGAGAAAUUCCACAGUCAGCUUCUGUGACUUAUGGUAGCCGAGGAAUCCCAGAAUGUUACCAUGGAAACAGAAUGACUGGUUUGAAAGGAAGAUUCUGUUUGUUGUGUUCUUAGGAAGUAAAUAUCUUUUGAAUGUGAGAAAAUGUCAGAAUAGAAAAUAAUGUGUGUAAUGAAGUGGACUAUUCAAAAACCAAGAGAUCAUUUUCUGUAUUUUCUUGUUAAUGUUUACUUUAGAGAGCU